CUCUCGGCCGCGUACGCUGCCCUCGCAGUAGAGCUCACAAAGCACGAGAUCAGGUCUAUCGGCGGCUACUCGCUCGGGAGGGUCAUCGGCGAGGGUCCGUCCUCUCUCUUCUUACUCUCACUCGUCGCGACCGAGUCGUCCAUCUACCUCGUCACCGAGCUGUGCUCGGGCGGCGAGCUGUUCGACUACCUCGUCGAGCAGUGCGCCCCGCCCGCCGGCACCGGCGGCCUCGCCCUCGCCGAGACGCGCCGCAUCUUUGGCCAGCUCGUCCUCGGCGUCGCCUACCUCCACAGCGAGGGCGUCGUCCACCGCGACCUCAAGCUCGAGAACGUCCUCCUCGACGAGAACGUCAACGUCAAGAUUGCCGACAUGGGCUUCGGCCGCGAGUUUGAGCGCGGCAGGUGGCUCGAGACCAAGGUCGGCACUCUCGGCUACACGGCGCCAGAGAUCGUUGCCGGCAGCCGCUACCUCGGCGAGCAGGUCGACAUCUGGUCCCUCGGCGUCAUCCUGUACGCGCUCCUGACCGGGUCCCUCCCGUUCGACGACGACGACGAGUCGGUCAUGCGCUCCCUCAUCCUCGCGGGUCGCUACGCCGUCCCGGCCUUCCUCGACCCGGACGCGUCCGACCUCGUCCAGCGCAUCCUCGUCGUCGACCCGCUGCGGCGCCCGUCGCUCCGCGACAUCCUCGCGCACCCGUUCUUCACGAGGGUGCCCGGCCCGUCCUCGCCGCCGACGACGACCGCGCGCGGGCCUGCCCCG